ACUUGAUGGAGCAUCCCUUUUCUUCUGUUAAAUAAUCUCUACGUGUACAAUCAAUUCUUUUAUCUAAACCUAUUUACCUUAUCUUCCUUCUUUAAAACCUUUACUGAGUACUACAAUUUGUGAGCAACUUGUAUCAAUACUGAAAAAAUGGAUUUGAAAUAUAUAUUAUGUGAGCCAGUCUCAAAACUUACUGUAAAAGCUAAUGAACAAGCAGCACUUAUUCAGAGCCAAUCACUAAAUGACAAGCAGCCAUAUAUUUUGGAAUGGACUCCUAGUCAAUCGUAUCAAUCAGUGAUUACAAACCAGCCUGAAUGGAAUAGCAAUAAUAACCAAGCACCAAUAGUAAUGAGCAGUCCUAAAAGCAUUUGUAGCAGCAUUAGCACAUGCAGCAGCACCAGUUCUAACAGUAGCAACGACGAAUAUGUCACAUCGCCUGCUUUUAGAAGUAACAGCUUCAGUACGGUAAUGACUCAGCCACCAUCGCAAUCGGUACAGCAACAAUGCAGACGUCGUACUGCUAGUGAUGUGAGCCAAACUAGACACCAUAUGUUCAUAUAUAGUCAUCCUAACCGAAGACAAAGGUCAGAAUCUGCAAGCAGCAGUAGUAAUAGCGUGCAGACAAGAACACCCUGGACGCCUUAUGAAGAUCAUCUACUCCAACAAGGUUAUGAUCAAGGAUUAUCAUGGGCGAUGAUUUCUUCGACAUACCUACCUCAUCGUUCUAGAGGUUGCUGCUGGGGUCGAUUCAAGACUUUACAAAAUAAGAACAUGAUUGACCCUAAUCAUUCCCAGUUACGCCAUUUUAGAAGACCAUGGAGAGCAGUUGAUUUUGGCAGCAACAACGACAGCAUCAGCAAAUAAGCAUAAUAAUUCAAAUGUAAAACCAAAAACAAUCGUCAAGCCGAUUAAUAAAAAAGAAAAAAAAAGGGACGAUCAUUCAACCCACCCCCUUCUUUUAGUACAUCAAGCGAAACCAGCUUAUUAUUA